UUUCACUAAUUAGUCUUAAAAAACUGAACAACUCAAACACAAAUACGCGUGAAAAAUUUAUGAACCCCACCACCUUAAAUCAAAGACAAUAAAGAGCCUACUCCUCCACCACCUCAAUCUUAAAAACCCCACCCAAAAAAAACAACUCAAUUCUCUCUUCCUAGUUGUUGUUGUACUACUUUAAUUUCUCCAAACUUUCCUUUUAUAUUCAACAAAAAACCAACAGAGAAAACAUCACAACUUUAGUUUCCUUGUUUCAAAUGCCAACUAUCUUGCUUAGGAUUUUCCUUCUGUACAACGUUGUCAAUUCAUUUCUCAUUUCUCUUGUCCCUAAGAAACUUAUAACCUUCUUCCCACUUUCUUGGUUAACCAAUCUCAUCCAAAACAACAACAACAACACUACUACUACUACUACACUUUCAUCGUCAUCGAAAAGAGGUCUUGUUAUUACCUCGACAACAACGAUGGAUCCAAACGAGCUCAAGCGUGUUUUCCAAAUGUUUGACCGUAAUGAUGACGGACGGAUAACGAAGAAAGAGCUGAAUGAUUCGUUGGAGAAUCUAGGAAUUUUCAUCCCUGACGUAGAGCUGAGUCAAAUGAUUGAGAAGAUUGAUGUGAACCGAGACGGGUGUGUGGAUAUUGAGGAGUUUAGAGAGCUGUAUGAGUCGAUUAUGGAUGAACGUGUUGAAGAGGAGGAGGAAGAUAUGAGGGAAGCGUUUAAUGUGUUUGAUCAGAAUGGAGACGGGUUUAUUAGUGUUGAUGAGUUGAGAUCUGUUUUGGUGUCGUUGGGAUUGAAACAGGGAAGGACUGUGGAAGAUUGUAAGAAGAUGAUAGGGAAGGUUGAUGUUGAUGGAGAUGGGUUGGUUGAUUAUAAGGAGUUUAAGCAAAUGAUGAAGGGUGGUGGUUUUUCUGCUCUCAAUUAGUCAACUCUUUUUCAGUUCUCUGUGCUGGGUUUUUCGUUGUUUCCAACGCUGAUUUUCAAUCUCUCUUGUAAAUAAUAAGUACCGUAGUAUGAUUCAGGUUCAUGUCGUGAUCGAUGUGUUUUGUAAUAGGCAUGUUUUUCGGCUUCUGUUUUUUGUUUUCUUAAUUUGUUUAUUUUUCCUAUCCCAGUUGUUUGGGUUGUUAGUAUGGAAAAGCAUUUGAUGCUGGGGGCUAGAUGUUAUAGCAGUCAAUGAUCUUAACUGAUGAUAAAAAUUGGACACUACGAGGUUUCAAGUUAUCGAUUCGACGAAGUUACGACGACGCGAAUACUGGAAUUUGAAUCUCUAUCCAACAACUUAGAUUGGCUCAGUACAGCGAAUCUGAGUCGAGUUAGAUUAACACUAGGCAUGACAUGAAUGUGUUCUGCCCAGGUACUACUAAUGGAUUUUUUGGAGGAGGGGGAAGAAGGUAAUUGCAAUGAAGGACGCACACUGCCACUGUGACAAGAAGUGUCUGUUUUCUUUCUAUUUUUUCCUUGGUUUUGGGACAAGGGUUGAUUCUGUUUUCAGUUUGUAAUGUAAACUUCUGUUUUAAGAUAUAUUUCUUGAAAUUUUUAUC